ACUGUUUUCUUUGUCCGCAGGUAUUUUUGAUGCCACACUCGCACAAUGAUCCAGGAUGGUUGAAGACCUACGAGGAGUACUACUUCCACCAGACGAGCAAGAUCCUCCAGAACAUGAUAGAAAAACUCAGAGUACAUACUAACAUGACUUUUAUAUGGUCAGAGAUUUCCUUCCUCUCUCUCUGGUAUGAAAGGGCGCACCCGACGUUGAGACAGCAGCUCAAGGACUUGGUGUCGUCGGGCCGCCUGGAAAUAGCCACAGGCGGCUGGGUGAUGACGGACGAGGCGAAUGUCCAUCUCUAUGCCAUGCUGGACCAACUGAUUGAAGGUCACCAGUGGUUGUCUAACAUCCUUGGAGUCCGGCCAGUCAGUGGUUGGUCAGUGGAUCCUUUUGGCCAUGGAGCAGCUGUACCAUAUCUAUUACAAGAGUCAGGUGUGAAGGCCACUGUUGUCCAGAGGAUACACUAUGCUUGGAAACAGUGGUUGGCUGAACAACAGCUUGGAGAUUUCCAGUGGAGACAAGUAUGGGACUCUACUGGAGAAAAUGACAUCCUCUGUCAUAACCGACCUUAUGAUAUAUACUCUAUCAAACAUUCCUGUGGCCCACAUCCUCAGAUUUGCCUUGGAUAUGACUUCCGGAAGGUGCCUGGGGAAUACACAGAAUACACCAUAAAAUCUGUACCUAUAGAUGACCACAAUGUAAAGAAAAAGGCAGAGCUACUUUUGGAACAGUAUGGUCGCACAGGGUCACUCUAUCCUCAUAAUGUGGUUCUUGUCCCCAUUGGUGAUGACUUCCGCUACGAUCACGCAUCAGAAUGGGACCAACAGUACAAUAGUUAUCAACGUCUUUUGACCCACAUCAAUGGUGAUCCUAAAUAUCAUGCCUCUAUCCAGUUUGGAACACUAAAAGACUAUUUUGCUGAAGUACAAAAUCGGAUGCGUGAUUAUCCAAGCCUUCAAGGGGACUUCUUUGUUUAUAGUGAUAUCUUUAGUGAAGGGCGUCCUGCGUACUGGAGUGGCUAUUUCACAACUAGACCUUAUUGGAAGGUGCUUGAUCGACAGUUAGAAGCUUCAUUACGUUCUGCAGAGAUCUUGUACACUUGGGCAUAUGCCUGGGCUAAGCAAGAAGGCCAGGCUAGAGUGGUGCAGUUGUUAGAAAAGGAUUAUGAAAAAUUAGUGCGCGCUAGACGAAAUUUAGGUCUAUUCCAGCAUCAUGAUGCCAUCACAGGGACAUCUAAAGCUUAUGUGAUGCACGACUAUGCCAUUAAGCUUCACGAGGGCUUGCACGAUACAUUAGCUCUGGCUGGUGAAGCAGCUGAAGCAUUGCUUCUCACACCAGCUGCAAUGGCUGCUUUAGAUCAUCGGGCUGCACCCCUGCAUCAUCUUCAUCCAGAUUUUGAACGUUCAACAUAUGAGCGGUUACCUCGCAAGUUGCCGUUAGCUAUACCACGUGAUCAGCCUCGCCUUAUAGUAAUGUUCAAUUCUCUGGGACAACGACGCUAUGAAGUAGUCAAAGUUUUGGUAACUGCUCUUGCUAUCAGAGUGACUGAUGAACAUGGUCAUGAAGUGCCUAUCCAGAUUAAUCCAGUAUGGAAUGAUACUGGAAAUGGCAUGGCUAUCCUGUCUACCCAAUUUGAGUUACUCUUUGUAGCAGACUUGCCAGCACUGAGUGUGAUUACCUACAGUAUUCACCACACAUCUCGACCCACCACAGACCUGCGUGCAUCUGUGUAUUCCAAUAAUUAUGCUCCAGCACCUGAUCAAAAUUACUCUCCACCAUUUGAAGCACGUGAUGUUUUGCCAGGUGAUAUCCAACUUGAGAGUGACCACCUCAAGCUUUUGUUUGACGGUACAACAGGAAUGUUACGUUCCAUUACAGAUAAGAUCAGUGGUCGUGUCACACAGACUGCAGUUCGUUAUGCUGCAUACCCUUCUGCACAGUUUAAAUCAGGGGCUUAUUUAUUUAAGCCUGAUCCUAAUGCACGAGAACCCGAGGAAGAUGUAUUGGCAGGUGCCAAACCACGUCUCUUCAUUCAUUCUGGUCCUGUGGCAUCAGAAUUAAGUGUAAUGUUUGGUACAGUAUUAAUGCACACAACCCGCAUACUUCAUGUGACGCACCAGCCUCUUGCAUCCGCUGUUUAUAUGGAAAAUGUGUUUAACUUAGGUGCCCGUUACAAUAGUUCAGAGACACCUGGAUUCCCUCCACAUUUCCGUGAAACGGAAAUGUUUAUGCGCAUCAUGACAGAUAUUGAUAAUGGUGCAGAACCUACCUUUUACACAGACCAAAGUGGUCUCCACAUGCAAAAACGUGUACGUGUUCAACGCAUUGGUAUCCAAGGCAAUUACUUCCCAAUUACUUCAGCUGCUAUGAUUGAGGACAAUGGUCCUGGACGGCGGCUCACACUUCUCACAGACCAUGCUGCGGGAGCUGCAGCUUGGCAACAGGGCUGGCUUGAAGUUAUGGUGGAAAGAAGGACCUUCUAUGAUGAUGCACGUGGUAUGGGUGAGGGAGUGACAGAUCAGAAACGCACUGUAGGGCGAUAUUGGCUGUUAGUUGAGGAUACACAAGGCCCAGAACCAGUAGCUCGUCUUUCCCUUGCAGCUCAUCACCUAGCUAAUGAUCUCAACUAUCCAACUACUCAACUCAUCAACGAAGGUCUUGAUGCUGAUCAACUGAAUUCUGGGGCCCAUCUCAUAACUCGUCCACUGCCUUGUCCACUACACCUGAUGACAUUACGCACCUUGCCAGAGCCACAAUACCCAAGUUUGUUACCAUCCCGGACCACACUGAUGAUCAUUCAGAACCAGUCACCAUCCUGCACAACCUCUGCUUCUGUCUCAACCUGCAAUGGACUAGCUGAUUCCCCCUUUCCUGGCACUGAAUUCACAUUGCAAGUUGCCAACAUGCAAAAAACUUCUCUGACAGCAACUAGUAGCAAAGGACCCCUAGCAACCUUACCAGACUUAAUUGUUCCUCACCACAGGCUUAGGGCUGUUAGUUUAACCUUCCCCCAGCCACCUACUCCCCCUCCACCUGCUGAAUAAACUAUUACACAUCUUUAAUAAAAGCCUGUUAUUCCCCUGGAAUAUCUCCUACUUUUCUGUACUAUUUUCCUUGUGUGACUCUACUUGGGCUGGCAUCUAUGAAACAACUUCACUGGGGCUCUUUGCAUUCUAGGUGUAUUUUUUAACUACAGAAUUACAUUCCACCAAAUCUGAAGAAACCAAAGUAUAUUGCAUCAUGUAACAUGUUUUACUGUAUUAGCAAAACCUGUUAAUAUAAUUUUUAUAUGUAUAGUUUAUUUGGAAGGAAGUUUUGAAGAAAUUAAAAUAAAAAUAAACAAAA